GUUAGAACCACUUAUUUAUACAGUCUGAGAAUUUAUAGAUGUAAAUAUUUCUAAAAGGCAUCAAAUGAAAUUGAAAGAACUGAAAUCUUAAAAACUGUUGAAGAGCAUACUAAAUAUCUUUUGGGCAGCUGAUUUCGAUAAAUUCAAUACUAAAAUUAAGUUUACUUAAUUGUGUAAUUCCUAAUUAUUUUUUUGUAUAAAUUAGAUUAAAGCCUAUUUAAGUUAGAUAAGAUGAAGCUAAGGUAGACCUUAAGCUGUUAAUGAAACCAUGACAAAAUUAACUGAUUUAUAUAAAAAGGCAAAUGCUCUCAAUCCUACUAUGCCUUGGAUUCUUAAAGAAAAAAAAUUUCUCUUUUUAG